AUGGAUAUUAUUCCCAGGUCCAAUGUGGUUCACAAACUUGAGAAGCGUAGCCUUCUCAUCGCGAUCAAUUGUAUUGCUGGUCUUUCCAUCUUCUUCUUCGGAUAUGAUCAGGGUAUGAUGGGUGGUGUCAACGGUGCGGUUGACUACUAUGACACUACCAUGAAAUUCGGUCACCAGGAUCCCAAAACAGGUGCCCCAGUCAUCGACAACACCCUUCUCCAAGGUGGCAUUGUUUCCAUCUACUAUCUCGGUACUCUCAUCGGCUGUCUCAUUGGUGGUUGGUUUGGUGACCGUUAUGGCCGUAUCAAGACAAUCGGACUCGGAGCUGGUUGGGCCGUCCUCGGUGCUACUCUUCAAACAUCGGCUCAGAACCACACUUGGAUGAUCUGUGCCCGUCUCGUCAAUGGAUGGGGUACAGGAAUGCUCAACGCCAUUGUUCCGGUUUGGGCCACCGAGACUGCCGAACACAAAUCGCGUGGACAAUUCGUCGCCAUCGAAUUCACGCUGAACAUCUUUGGUGUCGUCGUUGCUUACUGGAUCGAAUAUGGCGCCAACUUCUACAAAGGUGGAACUGGACAAUUCACUUGGAGAUUCCCAAUCGCUUUCCAGAUCGCCCCAUUGCUUCUCCUCUUCGCCAUCUGCUGGCUCUUCCCCGAGUCACCUCGUUGGCUCGUCAAAGUCGGUCGAGAGGAAGAGGCCCGUUAUAUUCUCGGAAGACUCCGUGGUGAGACGGGUGAAGAUGCGGGCAAGGCAGAGGCCGAAUUCCAGGAUAUCCGCAACAUUGCCGAGCUCGAACGCAAGACCGCCAAGGCCCAAUCUUACAUUUCCAUGCUUUUCGGUAUCGGCUCCGGCAAGCUUCAUACUGGUCGCCGUGUUCAAUUGGUCAUCUGGCUCCAAAUCAUGCAAGAGUGGAUCGGUAUUGCCGGUGUGACUAUUUUCGCUCCCACCAUUUUCCGUACCGCUGGUAUUGCCAAUGCACAGGUGCAAUGGAUUUCGGGAUUGAACACCAUCACAUACAUGUUCGCUACCCUCAUUUGUGUCUUCACCCUCGAUAGAAUUGGUCGUCGCUGGACCUUGUACUGGGGCUCAGUCGUCCAAGGUAUCUCUAUGUUCCUCGCUGGCGGUUUGUCGACUGCUGGCCUUCAACACCCAGCUGGCUCUGCUCUCGCUAGAGGCUACAGCUCCGGUGCCGUUGCUAUGAUCUUCCUCUUUACGGCUACUUUCGGCGCCACCUGGCUCACUGUCCCAUGGCUCUACCCAGCUGAGAUCUUCCCGUUGGAGGUCCGUGCCAAGGGUAACGCCUGGGGUGUCGUUGGCUGGUCUAUUGGUAAUGGCUGGCUCACACUUCUGCUGCCCGUCAUAUUCAAGGCCCUCGAGCAAAAGACUUACUACAUCUUCGGUGUUGCCAACAUCAUCACGCUGCCCAUGGUCUACUGCUUGUAUCCCGAGUCCAACCAGCGCACUCUUGAGGAGAUGAAUCUUCUCUUUGCCUCUGAUAGCAUCUGGAAUUGGGAAGCUGAAAAGAACUUCGCUAUCCUCAAGGAGCAAAACCCCGAGCUCGUCCAAGCUGCCCAACGUGGCCAGUCAGUCAUUGACCCUGAGACUGGCCUUUCCAAGUCUGGACGACAAGGCAGCGUUUCCAGGAACAUGAGCUUGGAUGUCAAUGCCCUUACCCACCACGAAGACGCCUACGAGGAGAAGCAGACCUUUAAGCAUGGAUAG